CCAAAAAAAAACAGAAUUCAUUCACAGAGAAGCCGGUGGUGCUGGGUUAUUUUUAGGGCGGAGGAGGUGACAGCAGGCUGCAGCCUCCUUUUGCAAACAUUCCCACGUCGCUUCGCUCCACCUUGAAUCAACGCAGGAUGUCAGCGUGAAGCCCUGCGUAAAGAAGCUGCGUGUGGCACCGCGGAAAGAAGACGUUUUACAGCCAAUUUCACCUCAUUUCUGCAGGAAAAAUUUCCACUCUUCUGAUUGCAUACGACGCAGCCGGUGUUCCUGAUUCCCUGUACAGACGGUCGCUGGAUCAGCUUGGACUCGUUGUCGUCGCUGUAGAGGACACAUUGCUUGGUUUUAAUAUUAUUUUAGUCGUAUUAUUUGGGGAGCGAGCUGCAGAAAGAGAGAGAGAGAGAGAGAGAGAGAGCAUCAGAUCCGCCCAGCAGAGAUGGCGAAGGCAGACCAGCGUUUCGGCCAGCGGGACGGCUCGGACCAGAACUUUGACUACAUGUUCAAGCUGCUGAUCAUCGGCAACAGCAGCGUCGGGAAAACCUCCUUCCUGUUCCGCUACGCUGACGACUCCUUCAGCAACUCGUUCGUCAGCACCGUGGGCAUCGACUUCAAGGUGAAGACGGUGUAUCGCAACGAAAAGAGGAUCAAGCUGCAGAUCUGGGACACGGCGGGGCAGGAGCGUUACCGCACCAUCACCACGGCCUACUACCGCGGCGCCAUGGGCUUCAUCCUCAUGUAUGACAUCACCAACGAGGACUCCUUCAACGCCGUCCAGGACUGGGCGACUCAGAUUAAGACGUACUCAUGGGACAACGCCCAGGUGAUCAUGGUGGGCAACAAGUGCGACAUGGACGAGGAGAGGAUCGUGCCUCCGGAGAAAGGAAGACACCUCGCCGAACAGUUAGGCUUCGAGUACUACGAGGCGAGCGCCAAGGAGAACAUCAACGUCCGGCAGGUCUUCGAGCGCCUGGUGGACAUCAUCUGUGUGAAGAUGUCGGAGCGCGUGGACGUGGAGGUGCCAGCGGCUCCCGGCACCAAGACCACCAGAUUGACCGACAAGCCCGCCCAGCUACCGCAGAAGUGCUGCUGAUCAUCCAUUCAUCGCUCCGCUGUCACCUCGUCUCGCUUCCCCCCCCCACACUCAAAAAAGCUGUUGAGAAAAAGACAAAAAAAAAA